AUGAAGCAAGCUCAAACACGGACAUAUCUAUGGACUGCAGCUUUUGGAUCCUUGACUAGCGAUGAUAAGUGCCGCCUCCAAAAAUACCUCACAGAAAAGACAGUGAGCAGCAUUGAUGAGACCUCGAAAACUGUACAAGCCGCACAGUCCUCCUGUCUGCAGAAGCGAUGGACUGUAAAUACACGACAGGGGCACCGGAUUAUCAUUCGCGACAUCCUUGACUUAAUUGCUCUUUGGCUCAAUGAGUUCAAAGAAGUCGGAGAUGCAGUCGUCCAGUACGGCACUGCACAUGCCUCGCUUUCAUUAGCAGUGGCGGAGGGAUUGGAGAUCGUUGCACGACUAGUGGCUGGGUAUUCAAUCUUCGAAGUGGUAUACUUUCCAGAUAUUGGGAAGCAACUCACAACCGCGCAGUGCAAACUAUGCGAUGCACUGGUGCUACUGUAUGCCGGCUUACUCAGAUUCCUCACCGAUAUAGGAAGAUAUUAUGAACGCUCAACUGGUACUCGCAUACUGCGGAGUCUGUAUGAACUGUCCGAUCGCCUUCAAAAUCCCCUCAAAGCUGCACCAACCAAAGAAGAAGAGGUCGAGAAGAUUGCCCAAACGGUGCAGGCCGAAAUUCCUCUGAACAUGGAUGUCAGCAUUAGGACCCUCCAGGAGAACAGUUCCCAGUCAUUCAUGUCACUCGAGAGCCUCCUCAACUCGCUUGAUGCGCCGAUAUCCCGUACAAGCGACGAGAUGCUGCUCGCCAUUACCUUCGAUUGCCCUGCCACUAUCAUCAUUGAUGGCUUGGAUGAACUUGACGGGGACCGAGUAGAGCUCUUGACUGUUCUUCAAGAUAUAGCCCACCGAUCAGCAAGUAUCGUGAAGAUCAUGAUUUCGAGCCGUGAACAUGCAGAUCUUGGACAGGAACUGCAAAGCGAAAUAUCAGUACCCAUAUCGCCCGCCGAAAUCUCAAGCGAUAUUGCGAGAUAUGUCCACUGUCAAUUUGAUUCGGCCAUUCCCGACAAGAAACUCCUUGGAGGGCGGGUCUCUGAGACACUGAAGCGUCUUCGCAUCAAGACCUUGAAUGAAGGUGCCGGUGGCAUGUUUUUGUGGCCCGCCUUGCAGUUGGAGUAUCUUUGUGAUCGGAGGACAUUCAAACUAGAAGCAGAUAUCAUAGCUGCACUCAAGGACCUUCCGCCGGAUCUAGUACUCAAUGCGCCGCGAGAUGAGGGCGCCGAACUGAGACUUGCUUACCUCAUUGAUCAUGGGGAUAGUGAGGAAGACGCCGACGCUCUCAUGCAUGCUGCUUGUAAGCAUGGCAAUAUGGAACUUGCAAAGCGCAAAGUCAUCAGUCAACCUCCAAGAGACUCUGAUCACAAGAUGUAUCAAGUUCUUGCAAGUUCCGGAAAUCGAUUCCCUCCAGGUCACGGUUCCAACAUGGAAAUGCAGAGCCAGGCAAUAAAGGAAGGCGGCAUUGGUUUUCUCUCCGCACUUGUCAGUGAUUACAGACUACAGUUCGAAUUCAACAUGUUUCGAGAUGUGGCAUGGGAUACCAUCCGCAGCAAAGGUAACAGGACAGCGAUCCUUCAAUUUCUCAUUGACAAUUGCUCGUUCCAUCUGGUCAUGGUGUACUUGUACUCCUAUACUAGCCUCGACAUAAUCAACUCCGAAUCAUGGGUCGUUGAGAAACGCAAGAAAGAGACCAUCCUAUACCAGGCUGCCUGUCUUGAACGCAGCCCUGAAGUUGUUGCAAGAUUGUUGCAAAUGGGAGCAAACCCAGAUAGUCCAGGUCUCUCUCGCACACCGCUGAUGUCCUUCAUGCAAAUGGCCCAUAGGGGUAGAAGUACAGCUGAAGAGGCCAUCUCCAUCGUCAAGCUCCUCUUGGACCACGGCGCAGACCCGGAUGGAGCAAGGGACACGGACCGGGAGCAAGAUGGCCCCUUGAAACCAACAGUGCGAGUGACGCCCUUGAUACUCGCUGUGGCGAGGACAUUCACAGUGGCUGUCGAUACAGUCAGACUUCUAAUGGAGAAGGGCGCGGAUGUUAACCAUGAAAGUGUCAUCGUUGCACCUUGCUUAUCUCUGCGGGAACCAGCAGAUUGUUAA